AAGACCACCCCCAAUCGAAAAUAAUCUCGAUUUCACACAUUCUGCAUAUCAUAUACGUCUCAUCUGUAAUACACUAGUAAUGAUAAUUCUUAAAAGAUCUCCACACUUUUCUCUUCCCUGCGAGCGCGGAUAAGGCCAUCUCUCGGACAAGCCCAUCUCACAUCUCAAUUAAUCUUAACCCUGGCAAAAAUGGUGGAACUUAGGCCCGCACGGCCCAGCGACGCCGUGGCCCUCGCUAGCAUAUACAACGAUGCCUUGGUCAAUACAGUGGCCAUUUGGAAGUCAGGAACCGUCACCUCUGAAGAGCGUGUUCUGUGGCUUGAGGACAAACACCAAACACAAUUCCCUGUUAUCGUGGCCACCGACAAUGACAAGGUCGUUGGGUUUGCCACUUAUGGCUACUGGCGCCCGUACGACGGAUACGUCCAUACUGUGGAGCACUCGGUGUAUGUGGACAGAAACUCCAGAGGAAACGGAGCUGGUAAGGCCAUGUUGGUGGAACUCAUUCAACUUGCACGAGCCCAGGGCAAGCACAUGAUGGUCGGCUGUAUAGAGUCAGGCAAUGUUGCUUCAAUCAAACUUCACCAGAAGCUUGGGUUUGAGGAAAGUGGGACAUUCAAGGAAGUGGGCGUCAAGUUUGGCCGGUGGUUGGACUUGACAUGUCUCACACUCCAGCUCAACCCCAAGUGGAAGUUAUGAGCAGGUGAGGCCCUGUGGUGGGAGAAUGGUGUGUUUCUAUAUUCAUCUUAACUAGUUGUUAAAUAAAUUCUGUAGCUGCGAAACAAUCGCGAUUUGUUACAACUCAUGC